GCGUCAGCAAAGACGUAGAUGCGUUGAACUCAAUAUCGCAUAGUGCUCUUUACGACACGUACGACAGCGCGUUCUAAAAAGAAACGCUGUGUAAUCUCGCGAAAGAACUGUUAGAAACAUACGCGGGAUUAAAUCUUUGUUCUCGUGACAGACGAUCUCGAUCAACUCGGUUAGGAGCGACGGAAGUUUGGAAAACGAGCAGCUAUUUUUCGCGUCCGAUAAAUUCGGUAAGGGAAAGUCAGGAAGGGAGUGUGCUAAGGGUUGCGAAAGGAGAGUCGCGAAAUGAGUGUCGAGGACGCCAUCAAUUACUCGCCCAGCGAGGAGGAGGACUAUUACGCGCUGUUAUCCUGCGACGAGUCUUCCACGAUCGAGCAGAUUACGGCGGAGUAUAAGGUAUUAGCUCUUCAGUAUCAUCCGGACAAGAACGACGGUGACAAAGAGGCCGAAAAAAAAUUUCAACAAUUAAAGUAUGCAAAAGAGGUUUUAUGUGAUCCUGAAAAAAGGAGCAAUUAUGACAAAUGGCGGAAUAGUGGUAUCAAGAUUAGUUACAAGCAAUGGGUCGGCAUGAAGGAACAUGUACAGCAGACUAUGCACUGGAGCACACCGAAGACAAAGGACAGAAUGCUGCCGGAUACGACUGGAGAGACAGGUGGUUCACCGGCUCACCUCAAAGGUCAUCCCACAAAUGUUCAUAGAAGGGCUUCAGAGGGUGGAGCCACUAAUCUCUAUUAUCGUUCGGGUCAUGGAGUUCCAUUCGACUAUCAGGAACCGAACGAGGUCGUCAGUAAGUUUCGCAAUUAUGAGAUUUAAAAGAGAUCCCGAACUUAAUUCUCAUCGGUACCGACUUUAUUAUACCGGAUGUCCUUAUGGAAACAAGAAAAUGUUGUACUAGAUAAAAAUAUCUACCUGUAUACAAGUGUAUAGGGCGUUGGUUAGAUUACGUUAGCAUACACGUAUCAAAAUAAUUGUACGAAAGAAAUUUCAUUGUUUGAAUUUUAUCGCUUAUCGAGCGAUCAUUAACAUUUUUUUUUCGAUCUUAUUUACACCCAAUAUUGCACAGAAAUUUUAAUUAAGGACGAUCCGUUAUCGUUAGAUUUUUUUGGAAAAUAAUCAAAAUGAUCGUAAACAUUUAUCUGACAAAAUUCUGUGGAAAUAAAAGGUAUGUUCGUUCUCUAUUUUCAAUCAUAGAUAUGUAUUUCGGGCGACCUGUUUUUUCGUUGUUCAGGAUGCAUGCCAAUUUGAUCCAACAAACGACUCUGUACAC